AUGGGGGUAACGACGAGCCCCGGGAGGCAGUCGCGCGCCGGAGCGCCGGCUACGUCCGCGGAAGAGAGCCCGAGCGCAGCCGAGGAUGAGACGCCUUUGACUGGCGUAGGAGACCCCGAGGAGGAGCGGCUGAGUGAGUUCUAUGUGGAAGAAGAGGAUGAUGAGGAGGAAGAAGUUUACUACUCAGAGCUCUCCUCAGAGGGUUCGGUGGACUAUGGAUUCAUCGCUGCCGUCUCUUGCCUGGUGACGGGCAUUUCCCUGGUGGCCAUCUCGUACGCGGUGCCUCGGGAUGUGCGCGUCUCCGCGGAGGAGAAGGAUGCGGUGGCGGCGCGCGAGAUGGAGCGGCUCCAGCGGGAACGUGCGCGACUGGGCGCACACUUGGACCGCUGCGUCAUCGCCGGUCUGUGCCUGCUCACGCUGGGAGGCGUGCUGCUCUCCAGUCUGCUCAUGGCGUCCAUGUGGAAGGGGGAGAUGAUGCGCAGGAGGGCACUCGCGCACGCGGCCAAGCGUGAGCACAACCUGUACGGGGCCAUCGGGUGGGGGGCCACGGCCGGCUCGCACCCGGACCCUGGCGCUUAUUUGUCCGCCCCUGGUGAUGACUCGGUUGAAUUUUGA